UUCCGACUUCAGCCGGCGUUCAUGUGAAUUUUCUCACUUGGAAACUCAUUUUUCCGAUUAUUUCGAUAUUACUUGAAUGCACUUUAAGAUGCGAAUUUCCUUUGUCACCGGAAGCAAAUGUUCGGUUGCAUAGAAUGGAAGUGGACGAGAGGCGAAUACUCGUCAAUGUUAAUUUCGCGUAUGUGACCAUCAACGAGAUCUUUAGUUCCGUAACUAUAGCGAGAUCAGUGGACUUCGCUGUGUAUCAUAAAGGCUAACUACUUAGCUACCACUACAGAAAACCUCACAGUUUAAUGUUUAUCCAUGGGGGGUAAGAAUAAGCAGCGGACUAAAGGAAAUGUCCGGCCGUCCAGCAGCGGUCGAGCCGCCGAGGUCCUGACCCGGCAGGGUGGUAUCAUCCCGGGCUUUGUGGGCUUCGACACGACUCUCAAUUUAGAGCUGAGUUAUGUCCCCGCUGUCCAUGGCGCAGAGGAGAUAGACAACCUGGUGGAUGCUGAUUUCCGUCUGGUGCUCAGGAAACUCUCCAAGAGAGAUGUUGUCACUAGACUGAAAGCUGUGCAGGACUUCGGCUCCAUGUGCCAGGAGCGGGAUGCUGAAGAGGUUAAAGGUGUCCUGCCGUACUGGCCCAAGAUUUACUGCAAGAUAUCUGUGGAUCAUGAUCGCAGAAUCAGAGAGGCGACCCAGCAGGCCUUUGAGCAGCUGGUGCUGAAGGUACGUCGCAGCCUGGCCCCCUAUCUGAAGAGCCUGAUGGGCCACUGGAUUCUGUCUCAGUGUGACACUUACUCCCCUGCAGCCUCUGCUGCGUGUCAGGCCUUCCAGGCUGCUUUCUCACCCGCCAAACAGCCUGAGGCUCUCAGCUUCUGCAAGGACGAGAUCCUUAAUGUACUUAACGAUAUUUUGUUAAAGGAAACAGCCGACACACUCAGCGAUCCACAAAGUGUGACAGAGGAGGAGAGAGAAGCCAAAUAUGUGCGCAUGCUGACCAGCUCUCUGUUGGGGGUGAAGAGACUGCUGUCUCUGCUGCACCAGAAUGAUAGGACGGCCCUGGAGCCAGGACUGGCACAUCUUGUUAACUCUGUGAAGUUCUGGAAGUACAGUAAACACAAGACACCCCAGGUGCGAGGAGCGUUUUUUGAGAUGAUGUGUGCUCUGUGCGAGUUCACUCCGGAGCUGGUUCAAGCUGAAGCAGCUCGACUCUGCCCCGCUGUUCUCCUCAGCAUCGACGACACAGAUCCUGCAGUGCUGCCUCCUGUGUGGGAGGCUGUUCUUCACGUUGUGUCUACGAUCCCUGAUUGCUGGACACAUGUGAAUGCCAAGAAGGGCUUCUUACCGAAACUUUGGGCUCUGCUAAAAGAGGGUGGCAAAGGCAUGGCCAAGGCGCUGCAUCCUAAUUUAAUGCCACUCCUCAGCAAAAUGCCCCAGGAGGUCACUGAUCCCGCUCUGGAAUUCUACACCACCUUCUUCACUUCAUUCAUACAAGGUCUGUCUAGUGAGCGUGCAGCAGCGAGCCCAUCAGAAAGUGCAGCUAUAGUGACUUCUGUUGUUGAGUGCCUGAGGUACUGCAUAAUGCACCACACAGAAGAAGAGGAGGACCAGAAUACGAAAAUACGAAACAUGCUUAUUUCACAGCAGCUCCUACCACUGCUGGAGCAGGCUCUGGGAAACCCCUCCCUUCAGAAUGGACCUCUUUUCCUUCUGGUCACUGAAAUGCUCGUUUCCUGGGAGAAGAAGGCAGGUUUACGUAGUGAAGAUGAAGCAGCUGACAGCAAGGGUGUAUUUCAAGGGCUUCUGGCAGACUUCUGGCAGGGGCUUGGUCUUUUGUUUGUGCGUUAUGCCGACAACGAGGAAGCAGAUCCACAAGCUUUGGAGGGGGUAGCCACCUUGCUCCAGGUAAUGCGUUACCCCGAGAAAGUAAAAAGAAAGCACAUCCAGAAGAAGAAAUCUGUCAAGAUCAGUUUCUCUAAGCCAGAGGACAAUGAGAAAGCUGGAGUUGGGGGCGAUGGUGUUGAGAAGCCUGUGCAGACAGUGUCAGAGCUUGUGAACGAGAAAGCAUUUGGGUCCCCACAGACGCAGCAUUUUGAGGAUGUGGUGUGCCAGCUGGCUCAAUUGUGUCUGGUGCAUAUGAAUGAGAAAAAGUCGGAGAGACAUCUUGUUUUCCUCUCCCUUCUUCUGCGGUCUUUCCACACACCCAGGGUCUUCAGUACAUUGGUCGAAUCGGAUGAUAAAGUAAAGGACGGUAGGCAGCAGGAUGCGGUGGACGUGAGAAAUCCAGCAGUUCAGUUCCUGAUGGAGGACGUGAUGGUGUGGCUGUCACAGAAGGGACGUACAGACACUGAGCACCUGGUGGAGAUGAUCUUCAGCUCCCUCUACUGCUGCAGCAGGCAGGAGACCACCCGCAUCCUCAACCACAUCACCACGCUGGAGUUACAGUGGGGAAUUAUCCUGCAAGUUAUACAGAGGGCAUGUGCAGAUCCCGAGACGCUAAAUAUCUGUGGCGACUGGCUGAAAGGUUCAGUUCUGGGUGAACAGCUCCUGGGAUUGACUGAAGAGCUGUGCAAGGCGGGACGCAGCAGCUCUCCCAGUUCUGCAAGCAGCCACAGUUGGAUGCUUAUCAGCCUGGUCCUGUCUCAGCACCACAACAAUGCACCUCUGAUUGGAGAAGUUUACAUGGAGAAGAUUUUAGAGAAGCUCCACACCACUCUGUCUGAGACCAAGAGUCUGUCAGAUGCAGGCAACAUGGAGCCACUCAUCUCCUUCAUCUGUGAUGUGGCUUCUACAUUCUUCUCUUCUGUGAAAGACUGUCUUCUGCUGCUCUCUGCUGAGGAACUCUUGCUCACUGUCUUCCAGCUCACCGCCCAAGACCAAAUGCACCAUCAUCUGUCUGACUCACUUUUAGGUAAGCUGAGGAAAGUGUGUGUAGCUGGGGUCCAGUCAUUGGUCCAGCACUCCGAAUAUGAGGUCAAGGAAGGUGGGUUCCUGCACAGUGCAGCCAUUUGGGUGACAAACCAACUCCUCACUGUUUCUUUGGACAUUAAAAGUUUACAGGUUCUGGUCCAGGCUGUACAGAGCGUAGUGGAGGCAGUCGUCUCAGUCUGUGAACAAGACUCACCCCUCCUUGUCCAGUUCUUUACCAAACUGACACCCAGCCAGUCUGAGUGGACAACAAUCAGACAAGCCUUACCUCCUCAGUGGGUGAAAACCCCUUUACUGUCGAGCCGUCAUAGAGGCCUUUGCGAAAAGUCCACUAUGGACAUAUGGAAGUUUAGGGUGUCAACCAGGCUGCCAGCACACCUAUGUGCCUGUGCCCUGUUGGGGAGGGUGGCCCAGCUUGUUACACCUUGUGGCCAGAAGGAGGCAGAAUGUCCUUCACAACUCCCAAACCUCAAGUACACAGUUUCAGAGCUGUUGUAUGCACUGCAGUGGUGUAAGGAGGUAGAGUACAGUCCUGCUGCAGUGGCCACAUAUCACAGCCUGCUGACUGACUGGGGCCUGUCAGAAGGAGUCCACAGUCAGGUUCCAGUGAAAGAUCUGCUGGAGGUGCUCUACUCAAGGUCAGUGGAGGAUGGAGGUCUGUGGUCUCUGACUCUGGAAAACUACAUCCACACCAACAACUUGGCAACCACUAAGAGUGCAGCCUUGAGGAAGCUUUACGGCAAUGCAGACAGUUUGUUUCCAGUGUCCCGAAGCAAACUGAGCACGCUCCAGGUACUCUGCCCCACCAUGAACAGAAACGACAGAGAGACUCUCGUUGCCCUGGCCACUGCUGGAAUCGUCAACUGGCAAGAGAACGACAGUGAGAAUACACACAUAUAUGUGUAUGGGUGUCUGGCCGUGCUGCUGUGCUGCUUGGAAUCCAACACACAAGUAGAGGAAGAGGUUGUGCAGGCUAUCCUGGCCACCAUGAUGGAGUGGAGGAACAGCAAGGAGGACUGGUUCCUCUUUGGCAGUGACCUGUCUAAAACCACUGCAGAACAGUUGAACCUUGUUGUGGAUAUAAUGCGUUUCCUGUCCUGGCUGCUGACACGUUGUCCGACAGUUCUCGGGAGCAGCCAGUGGGACUUCUUGCUCUGCUCCAUGUUGGCCUGGUUGGAGGCUGCCAGUGAGAAUGUGAGCAGUCUAUGGAACCCAUGGGUGCAGUUGUUCGUGUGUGAGAACGCUGCAUUGAUAGUGAAGCUGAACCAGUUCUUCACAUCAUCUUCGCCUGAUGUACUGGAGAAGCUGCCAUCAGAACUGAUUGGUGAAUGGACAGACUUCUUCGUAGAAGGAAUCUACAACCUGAUGUUGCCUCUGCCUCUGAGUAUCACAGAUGCUUUCACUGAGCCGGACGAGCCUGUGUUCCCUUUGGCGGUGCUGCAGGCUGUCGGCAUGGCUCUGACAUAUGUGCCUGUGCAGCAGCUGAAACAGAACUCCCUGCCUCCACGGUUCAUAGCGGACCAGAAUACAAACCUGCCCGAACCUCUCCAGACGCUCCUUAACACUUUCUGUCCUCUGCUGCUGUUUAAGGCCAGGUCUCUGCAGAUUGCUGUCUACCACAUGCUAGAAAAGGUCAUGCCUCUGCUGCCUGAGUGUGAUGGAGAGGGAGACAACAGCAAGUCAGAUGAUGAUAGAGAUGAGCCAUGUCUCUCUCCUCCAGCAUCUCUGAUGACCAUCCUGUCAACCUGUGAGGAGCUGUGUGAUAGCAUCCUGGCAGGGGUUCAAGUAGGGGAGUUUGCGGUGGUCCAGCCUUUCAGUGUGGAGUACUCCUGUGUCCUUGGGUACUUGCUGGCCUGGAAGCUGCUCCUUACUUUUUUCAAAUCCUCACCCUCACAUCUACGUGCUCAUUAUGCCCAGUAUCUUAAGAGAAGCUGCUCACUUAACAAGCUGCUCCUUCACCUCUUCAAACUGAUGCCUGAGAACCCCAUCUACCCAGGCCAGGGGGCAGAGAUGAAGGAGACUAAAACCUUCUUUACAGAGAGCCUGUCUCUGGCUGUUGACAAAAGCGGGAGUGUAGAGUGGGAGCUCCCUCGUCUGGCCUGCAGUGUGUACUACAGCACAGUGCAGGACCUGCCAGCCAUGGUGCGACUGUGGUGGAACAGCCAGGAAAAGAGAGUGAGCGCAACUGUGGAGAAGUUCACUAUUAAAUAUGUCAGUCCUGUGCUGUCAGCUCAGGAGAUCUCAUCCGUCCACUCCAGCACUCAAAUGUUUGACAGCAUGACGGUGAAGGCCCGCUCAGCAGCGCGAGAGGUGAUUGCCACCUAUUCUGUGGAUGAUAUCUUCAUCGAGUUGGUGAUUCAGCUACCACAGAACUACCCUCUGGGCUCCAUCACUGUGGAGAGUGGGAGGCGUGUCGGCGUUGCCGUACAGCAGUGGAGAAACUGGAUGCUGCAACUGAGCACCUACCUCACACAUCAGAAUGGCAGUAUAAUGGAGGGACUGGCUCUGUGGAAGAACAAUGUGGAUAAGCGUUUCGAGGGAAUCGAGGACUGUAUGAUCUGCUUCUCUGUUAUCCAUGGCUCCAACUACUCCCUGCCAAAGAAGGGUUGCCGCACCUGCAAAAAGAAAUUCCACUCAGCAUGUUUGUACAAAUGGUUCACGUCCAGCAAUAAGUCCACAUGUCCACUGUGCAGAGAAACCUUCUUCUAACACACAGUUCUUCAGCCAACCAAUCAAUUGUGACUAAACUAAGAAGGUUACUAAUAUAUCAAUGUGAUGGAUUUAUUAGAUGACCUGAUGGGUUGAAAUUCUUUCUCUGAGGUUUGCUCUGACUGAAAUAGCAGACAUUGUUUGAUUCAGAAAAUCCUGUUUCCUGUGCUCAGAUAAAGUCUGAACUAAAUUAUUUUUUUUUUUAAUUUUAUCUCCAUAUUCAGCGACGUGAGUGUGAUAAGCUCUCAACAGUUUGUUUUUCUGUUAUUAAUGAGGUUUUUAUCUUUUUGUUGACUUAAUUUUUUAAAAAUCUUUUUAAAACAAGUUGAGACUGAAUCACCAAUUUGGAAAAACCAAAGCUGUAGAAAUGAAUCAUAUUAACAUAUUAUCAUAUUACCUAAACUAUUACCUACCACUGCAAUUCCCUGGACAGGUUUCAGAAAUAUUUCCUAAUAUUUAGGAGUGUAAAGCUGACAUGCCUUGCACCAUUAUGACAUGGUGACGUCACAUAUGAAAAUCAGGAAAGGGAAUUUCUGAGGUUUAGAUUUUUCAGUUCUAAAUGCCAAUAUUUGCAGAUAUCAAAACCUAAUGGCUUGUCCCCCUCUUGUGCCUACAUACAGCUGUAAAUGAUGCUGAAAAGUGAAUAAACUUAAAAUAGAUGGAUAAUAUUA